GGGGGGUCUGGGGGGAGGAGGAAGCCAUGGUUCAGAUCAGUCGGGAAUCACGAAGGACACGAUCCAGCAAUUUUCCAAGACAUGACAGUCACUGUCCGUAGAGUAGAGUGUGGACAGAGCAAACACUGGCUGUCGUUUGGUUAGGCUGCUCAGGCGCGUCGAGAAUGCAGCGAGGUAUGCAGUACUAUGCACUAUGCAGUGCGAUUGAUUUCUCCCUCCGCGACACCUGCGAAUCGGUGAUCAUGCGACGGCCAACCCGAUCUGCAAGACGGCUACACUGUCGCCAACGUGAUCAACGGAAAAACAUGUGGAUAUCGGAGAUGCUUGGUGCUGGCGAUUAGCGCAGGCCAAACCGGUUUGCUCUCCCGUCACUCACACGCGCAGCGCAUUGUCAGCCAGCCAACAAAGCGCAGCAGCGGGCCAAAAUAAACAAACUUUCAUGGUCAAGAUGCUCAGCACCUACACACGGCCGUAAACAUGCACGGAACCUCGACAAAUGAAAUUGAAUGAUUAUUUUUCCAACGAAAUCGCACAGUGCAGCGUGUGUUACAGGAACUCAACAUCCGUGAUCAGUCACUCUCGCUACUCAUGCUUUAUCGAUGCACUGCAUCCGAGUCAGACCAGACCAAGACCAAGAAAUCAGGAUCACAGCGCGAGGGCUGAGGCUGAGACUGAGACUGCAAGCCAUGGUCCAUGCUGUACUGUCUAAUAUCGACGCGUCGUCACUGCGCUUCCACUCAAACCGUCAGCACUCACAAUAAAGCGUGCUCGUUCAUGUUUUACUUACUUUUCUGCCUUUUUGUUGAACUCUGAGGAUCUGAAAAAUAAAUUUUUGAUUGCAAUUGAUUUUUGGUGGACAAAAUUUUGCUUGUUCUUGCUGUCCUUGAGAUUGUUGUUUUCGUAGUCCUUCGUAGUUUUCUUCGCGGUUGAUAAACAGACAGUCGCCGAUGUGAGCAGAAUCGGUGUAUCUGAAUCUUUGGGCCUUGGGCUCUAUACUCUACAGCACGCAACUGCUGUGAGUUCUUUGAGCGAAAAUGAGUUCCUUCGUCAAGUCUUUAUCGGACAACCCGAACCGUCCCUGCUUCUUCGUGCAGUACGGCGAGACGUUCCUCUUGCUAGACUGCGGCUUGGACGCCCGUUCCGUGCUGCACUUCUUGCCCGUGUCGCAAGUGUUCACUGCAUCACUGGCGGGCAUGCCCAUUUGGCCGCAGAGCGAGAACAAUCCCUUCCUGUACAGCACGCGCAACGAGAUCCUCAUCAACGAGGGCCACUUGCUCCUCAACGGCGCCAUCGAGUUCCAGCUGCCCGACCUGCAGCAGAUCACGCCGGAGGACCUGCACUACGUCCUCAUCUCCAACUUCGCGCAGCUCUUCGCGCUGCCUUAUCUCAUUCAAGAGAAGAACUUCCACGGACGCAUCUUCGCCACCGCGCCCACUGUGCAGUUGGCGCGCGAUGUCUUCCAAGAUAUGAUCAAUUAUCUGGACAGCUACGGGAGCCCGAUGAAGGCGGAGAAGUGGAAAGUGAAGGAAGUGAAGCAGCUCCUCCCCGCCGUGCUGCAGAACACGCGGCCGGAACUGUGGCAGUCCUUGUGCUCGACGGAAGCGCUGGAGACGUCGCUGAAGCGGCUGGAGGUGAUCAACUUCCGGCAGACGCUCUUCCUGGAGAACUCGCUGAGCAUCACGGCGCACAGCUCCGGCUUCUGCAUGGGCUCCUGCAACUGGCUCAUCCAGGCGCCCAAGGAGAAGCUCCUCUACUUGUCCGAUUCCUCCACGCUGACGACGCACGUCCUCCCGAUCGAUCUGCAGGACGCCCGCUUCCCCGACGUCGUCAUCGCCGCCGCCCUCAACAUGGACCCGCAGCGCAGCCCCGAGGAUUCCCUCAAAAUGAUGGGCCAGGCCAUCAAGGAGUGCCUGCGCGAGGGCGGCAACGUGCUGAUCCCCUUCUCCAGCGUGGACCUGUUGAUCGACGUGCUGGAGUACCUGUUCAUGUACAUGGAGGACCUGCCCACCCACCUGCCCGUCAACGUCAUCGCCGCGACGGCGCACUCCAUGUUGUCGCUGGCGCAGGUCUUCUCGGAGUGGCUGAACAAGGACUACCGCGACAAGGCCUAUUUACCGGAGGAGCCCUUCAUCCACGGCCAGAUGGCCCGCGCCGGCCGCCUGCGCAUCUUCCCCUCGGUGGACGGCAAGUUCUCCGAGAGCUUCAAGAGUCCCUGCAUCGUGCUGUGCUCGCACCACAGUUUGAGGAUGGGCCCGGCGGUGCACCUGCUCUCGCAGUGGAAGACCAGUCCCAAAAACACCCUCGUCCUUAUCGACUCCGAGUUCCAUCCCAGCGAGGCCUUGCAGCCCUACCUCCCCAUCCAGAUGAAGGUCGCCUACUGUCCCUUGGAUACGCGACUGAAACCCUUCCAGUUGACGAAGAUCCUGGAUUCCCUGCAGCCGCGCGCCCUGGUGAUCCACGAGCGGUAUUUACAGCCGCUGGGCAACUCAGCGGACAGCGCCGACUACAUCGUCCGCUGUCCUGCCUCCACGCGCAUCCUGCCCAUCCGCGGCCACCACGACAUCCCGCUGCCCCUGCGCAGCGCCUGUCUCAACGUCGUCGCCGCCACGCCCCUCCUCUCCAGCCUCCCCCUCAUCCCGGUGGACGCGGCCAGCUCCGGGGACGGGAAGAUCCUGGCCGGGCGCUGUUUCGGCGGCAUCCGCACGCUGGACAACAAGUACUAUCUGGAGACGAUCGGCAGAGGGGGCGCCCGGAUCACCGCGGGGGACCGCAGUCCGGAUGUGGCCAAGCUGGUGCGACUGAUGCGGAAGGAGGGCUUCGGGGAGGUGCGGCUGGAGGUAGAGAAGGACCGGAGCCGGGUGAUAUGCGGGAGUCAUGAGAUGGAGGUGGUAGUGAGCAAGGGCGCCACGGAGGUGGUCCUGAAGAAGCCCAGCAGGGAGCUGCGCGGGAGAAUGCGAGCGCUGCUGCAGGCGGUGCGCGGUGGGGAGACGGCCGCGGUGACGCGUCUACCGAGGACGGAGGACGACCUGCAGUCCAAGAGCACGGCCGGAUAGGCCCGCCAUGUCAAUUCCCCUGUUUCCUGGAACAUGUAUUUUUUCUCGGAUUUGUGAUAAUUGUUUGGGGCAUUUCUGCGCUGCAGGUGAUUUUUAUUGUUGCUGCGCAUUUAUUUUCGUGUAUAAUAAUAUUAUUAUAAUAUAUAUAUCAGUUAUAAUCAAUUAAUCAUUAAUGGAAUGGUAAUCCUAUUUUGGGAAAAUUUUUCUUAGUAAUAGUUCAAUAGAACGGUGAAUUUAAUAAGAAAAAACUGAAAGCGUCAGUUCAGUGCAUA